CAUUAGUGCGCCAGUCAAGAAUGUUCAAUGUCAACAAUCUAACGGACGUGAAGAUUGGAGGGGUAGCCAUCUUCACGUAAAAUUUGGGAUAUUAAAAAAUACAUUGCGACACGGGGUAAAAAAGACAUCCAUAAUGGAACCGAAUGUGCGUAAACCAUGCAACUGCCACACAGUGCGCUCACCGUGUGAUAGCAAGCCCGUUGAGUCAACGAAACCAUCGCCUGCUGAUCCAAAGCCAACACCUCCUGAGUCUGAGGUUCUGCCCAAAACACAAACCCCAGCCGAACCAGCACCAGCUCCCGUUGAACCAGCACCAUCAGAAGUUGAUCCCGCACCACCAGCCACUGAGGCACCAGCUCCCGUUGAAGAAGCGCCAGCUCCCGUUGAAGAAGCCCCAGCUCCCGUUGAAGAAGCACCCGCUCCCGUUGAAGAAGCACCAGCUCCCGUUGAAGAAGCACCAGCUCCAGUUGAUGAACCCCCACCUCUCGUUGAAGAAGCGCCAGCUCCCGUUGAAGAAGCACCAGCUCCCGAAGCACCAGCUCCCGUUGAAGAGGCACCAGCUCCCGUUGAAGAAGCCCCAGCUCCCGUUGAAGAAGCACCAGCUCCUGCUGAAGAAGCGCCAGCUCCCGCUGAAGAAGCACCAGCUCCCGCUGAAGAAGCACCAAUUGAAAAUGUGGCCACCCCAACAAGCAAUGUGAUACUGGCUCCUGUUGAGCCGACCCCACAAGACUCAGACAAGGAGGAUGAUGACAAGAAAGAAAAAAUGUUUCAUAAUAUGUGCCCGGAUCCUACCGGUUGUCACUAAUUAUUCUGCAAGCAUUUUUCCCCGACCUCCGGAAAUAGUUUCAGUCUUUGAGUCUCAUACUUGAUAGUUUCAGUCCUUGGGUUUCAUGCUUGAUAGUUUCACUCCUUGGGUUUCAUACUUGAUAGUUUCAGCCCUUGGGUUUCAUACUUGAUAGUUUCACUCCUUGGGUUUCAUACUUGGUGGUUUUAGUCUAUAACUCGAACUUAGUUAAAGUUUGUCGUUUUCUUCUUUCUGACAGUGAUUUAAAAAAAAAAUAGGGCGUCGAAAUUUAAACAUCUUUUACUCAAACCGUUUGUUUAUAACUUGAUACAUAGGUCAAGAGCCGAUGACAAAACAAUGAAAUGUAAAAUUAUUUUUUUUUUAAAUAAUAAAAUAGCAUUAAUUAAAUUAUUGAUUGUCCCGCAAAUAUCA